UUUCAAGGUCGAAGCCGGGGAUAUAUUUCUGCGCUAGUCGUUUGAUUACUUAUGUGGUUCAUUAAGAAGCUUCAUCCUUAGAGUUUCUCUUUACUUGUCUUUAAAUUGUUUGUCAUUCUACUAUAUUUUCAUUUGUUAAUGCAAGUAGUUUUCAAGUAUCAGUUUUGUCAUUGGUCUAAGUGUUGUAUAUCCUUGCUUCCAGAUUCCUUCGGAGACGUACUUUUGUUGAUAUUCUUAAAAGCAACCCCCUAUCAUUUUGUACACAAACCUUCAUAAGAAGAAGCUUUCAUUAUCCUGAUGUUUUAUUCAGGUCGUCAUUUGGUGUCUUUUGACGGAAAAGACCGAAUCUUAAACAUAGAUAUCGAGCUAGGUUGUUCUUCAGACCUAAAAAAGGAUCUAGAAAUAAGAUUGACAGAUGACGAUGACUUUUGUUUUCUUUAUUUCACUAGAAUUACCGUUGAUGAGUUUACUGAAAUUAAACAGCAGCAAGGGUUGCUCAUUAAUUUCAACGAAUUUGAACAAAAAGUAGCAGAUCUCUUGUGCAUUUGUUCACAAGAGGAGGCUAUCGAAACUCCGAAAUAUGGACUUCGGUUUUCCAGAAACACUGAGGAAAGAGAUCGCGGUUUAUUGCAAAUAAUUGAGGCCACCAAUUUCAAAUAUCUUCACCAUUUGAGUCUCAAUUUGUAUGCAGCUAAUGACGAAAAGCUUAAACUAUUUCUAGCAAGCCGUUUAAAAAAACAUAAAGCUGAAAGCGAUGCCAUUAUCAGGCAACUUAGCCAUUCUGUAUCCGAGUUGACGUCGUCUCUAAAAUCUGCAGAGGAGGGUACGAAGUUAAUAAAAGACGAGUUCCAAGCGUUCAAAGUAGCAUGUUCAGCUAAAGAACUUAGUCUUCGCUCCGAGAAUGAGUUUGCUAUCAGGGAAUUGCAAUCGAAACAUGAUGAGGUAAAAACGAAGUUAGAAGAAUCUCUUUCCAAAGAAAAAGAUUUAGCCAAUCAAAUACAAGAGGAGCUUCAAAAGGACUUUAAAAGUCGUUUGGAUUUAGCAUUGAACAAUAACAAAAAUCUACGGGAUCAACAGUCUGUCCUUCAAACACGUGUAGAAACACUCCAGGAGAAACUAAAGUUUGCAGAAACUGAAAAUAUUUCUUUAACUGAAGAUAUCAAAAUUGUACGUUCUCAAUUGGAUACAACCAACCGGGCAUAUGGUCUACAAACGGAAAUGGCUAAUCAGUUACAAAGUAAAAUAUCUAUAUUAGAAGAAAAUAUGAUUACCAAAGGUAAACAAAUACUGGACUUAGAGAAUUCGUUAACUAAAGAACACGAACAAAAGUUGCAUUUACUUGAACAAUCAGAACAACAUUGUCGUAACAUACAACAUUUGGAGAAACAUUUAGCUUCGAAUACAGAGGAAAUAAAUAAAUCCAAUGAAAUCAUUAAACGCUUACAAAGUGAAGUCAAGAGUUUCCAAACAAAGGUAAUGAAAGUUUUAAGGAUUGUUUACAGUAAUAAUAUACUAUUAUCAUCAUGUCUCUUCAUAAGUUCAAAAUAUCAAGAAAAUUAUUAA